GGGAGCGCGCCGCGGCCGUCGGCGGAGGGAGAGCUGCGGGCCGGUACCGCCAUGCCGGCGCGGAGCCCCCCGCAGCGCCGCGUCCCGCCGAGCUAGCCGUGCCCGCAGCGGGCCGCCGCUGCCAUGCCCCUCCCGGCGCCGUCAGAGCGAGCCUGACAGGCGGCAGCGCGGCCGGCUCCCCUCCCGUCAGUUCCAAAAUGCCGUCCAAAGAGUCGUGGCCGGGGCACAGAGCUAAUAGAUCGGCGGUGCGCAACUCCAAGCGAGAGGGCCGCCAGCCCGAUCUGCUGAUAGCAGCCCUGGGGAUGAAGCUGGGCACGCAGAAGUCGUCGGUGACGAUCUGGCAACCUCUGAAACUCUUUGCUUAUUCGCAGCUGACAUCGCUUGUCAGAAGAGCAACGCUGAAAGAAAACGAGCACGUUCCCAAAUAUGAGAAGAUUCAUAACUUCAAGGUGCACACGUUCAGGGGCCCGCACUGGUGUGAGUACUGCGCCAACUUUAUGUGGGGCCUCAUUGCUCAGGGAGUCAAGUGUGCAGAUUGUGGUUUAAAUGUGCACAAGCAGUGUUCCAAGAUGGUCCCAAAUGACUGCAAGCCAGACCUGAAGCAUGUCAAAAAAGUGUACAGCUGUGACCUUACCACGCUAGUCAAAGCACACUUCACGAAGAGACCGAUGGUGGUAGACAUGUGCAUUAGGGAAAUUGAAUCCCGAGGUCUUAAUUCUGAAGGACUGUACAGAGUCUCAGGAUUUAGUGAUCUUAUUGAGGAUGUCAAAAUGGCGUUUGACAGAGAUGGGGAGAAGGCUGAUAUUUCUGUGAAUAUGUAUGAAGAUAUCAAUAUUAUCACUGGUGCACUUAAACUGUACUUCAGGGAUUUGCCAAUUCCACUCAUCACAUAUGAUGCCUACCCAAAGUUUAUAGAGUCCGCAAAAACCACCGAUCCAGAUGAACAGCUGGAAAUUCUCCACGAGGCGCUGAAACUGCUGCCGCCUGCACACUGUGAAACACUGAGGUAUCUCAUGGCACAUUUGAAGAGAGUAACGCUUCACGAAAAGGAAAAUCUCAUGAGUGCAGAGAACCUGGGCAUCGUUUUCGGACCAACUCUUAUGAGAGCGCCAGAACUGGAUGCGAUGGCUGCGCUGAAUGACAUCCGUUAUCAGAGACUUGUGGUGGAGAUGCUUAUAAAAAAUGAAGACAUUUUAUUUUGAAUAUUUUGGGGGUUUUGUAAUAAAAAAAAAGGAAGCAACGGCGUUCUAUGGAUGAAGGAAUAUUUUCAAGUAAUUUAAUGGCUCUUGUCGCUGAAUUCCGUAUUUGCUAGAGCUUUCGAUGUAUUCAGGAUAAAAAUGAAGGAACUCUUUGUCAUUUCUGUAGUGCCAUUCAGCUGAUGUUGAAAAAGGUUAACACAUACUUUCCAGUACUAGUAAUCCUGGGUGUUUAUCAUGUGAAAAUAAAAAACGAGAAGCCUACAGCUAUUGCAUGAUCUGCUCCCUGUUCUCCCUGCUCUGGUGAGAAUCAUUCCAUGAAGAAAACAACGGACCUGGUGCGGCAUCUUUGUUCUGGAUAGUUUGUGGUUGUAAUUCAGCAUGUUUCUCAGUGUAAACCUGUUGUGAAUUUGCUUUUAUGUUCUAUGUAAUUGGUUUCUGAUACUAAAAAGAAGGCUGACUUAUGUGAAAUGGAGCCUCUGGCAGUUUAUUGGCGUUUCAUAUCAUUCUCUGCCACUGUUUUGGCUGAUUUCUUCUUGGGUUUCUUUCAGGUUUUUUUCAUCAUAUAGUAAUUUGUUUUUAACAGAAACAAAAUGUGUACUUUUUUUAAGUAAUUCUCCAUGAUGUUUAUGGUGGUUGCAGCAAAAUCUGCAAUGCUGAGCAGUGUUCCUUUAUUAUUAUUGCUAUUUCAAUUGUAAUUUUGUAUUUUUAUCUGGCAUGCAUAUAUUAAUUUAUUAAAUUUUGCCUUUAGAACUCGAA